GCCCACGCCUUGCAGCCUCCACACAUUGCAUGCACCAAACAGCCGCCGCCGCCGCACCGCCACCACCACCAGCCUCCACCACCGGAUAUUGCCACAAGGGCGCCUCAUCAGGUCCUCCGCGCGGCACUCCGUAACAGUGCGAGUCGAAGCAGAGUGAAUCACAAGUGGAACUGAAUCGACUCACUCAGCAUGGGGCGGUCGUGCAGUCCUCACCUCACCACAGAGUUGCACCCUUGUCACGCCCCACCGCAGCUUAACUGACGAACUGCUGCCUACGAAGCAGCGUGGUGAGAACAGGGGAGAGCUAUAUGGACCCCAGACAACCGGGAGAAGCAGCCAAUAAGUGGUGAUCGGACUGGACGCGAGCACAAUGGCUUGACCUCACCUGCCACCUGGUGAGGUCAAGUUUGUAGAUACUCCCGUAUCUACAAACAAAUAAAUAAAUUCUCAGUAAACAGGUACGUUGUCCUGCACCACGCAUGUGUUUAGCAGAAAUUGGUCUACCUAGCAGCUGGUACUAUGGAAGGAACUACGCUCCUCCAGCCCGAGGUGGGCACCAAGUGAAGAUUGCACCACGCCGUGUGUUUACCGGGUGAGGGCUGCAGGGGAGGCGGGGAUGAAUUUUUCAGCAUGGAUUAUAACUCUAGGGGCGAUCAGCACCUCACGUACGCCCACACAACACUAUCGAGUCAACUGGGGCAGCUCUCCCUAUCCCGGGCGGAGCAGCAGAUGGGGCCACGAGAGGCUGCCAGCCAUGAGGGCAGCAGGACUGGAGGUGUGUAUGAGGGCAGCCACCCCUACACUGGCUACCUUCCCCCCACUCACCAGCAGGACUCCGCACGCCACGCUCGCCAGCAACGAAUGUUUCACCAGCAUAGCCAAGAUUUGUUAACUACAUCAAGUCUAACUUUGGACACUCAUGCACUGUCCACCUCCCCCUCCCCUCGUCAGCUGCCAUCCCCGAUCCCUCAGGAGUUUACCCCAAAGUCCUUCUCUUCCCUCGGCGCACCCUCAGCCCGGAGCACCAGCCAUGCCCUCUCCCUCUCCUCCUCCCCCAUGAGGUCUUCUCUGGGGACGACUCACCCAGCCUCCCUCAGCCCAAGACCUGACCUGGGCAUCAACUGUGUGGGUGUCAGCAAUCAGUCCUUGAGGCAGGCCAGGUUGGACAGUGUGCAGCUGGCCUCUAGUCUGCCUACACAGCUGACAUCCACCCUCUCCUCACAACUGACAUCCUCAAUUCCCUCCCCACUGCCUUCAAGUCUUCCCCCACAGCAGCUCGCUUCAACUCUCCCUUCACAGCUGACACCCCCCAUGUCUUCACAGUUGUCGUCAAGCCUGUCACCACAGCAACUAGGCCCCUCCCAGCCUCCCCAGCAGCAGGCUCUAGCUGGUCCAUACACCACACAGAUGCCCCAGCAGAGUGGUGGCUUGGUAGACCCAGGGGUUGGAUUGUCCUGGCACCCUGCGGCGACUGGGAGCCCAAUGCAGGGGUACUCGCAACUCCAUGCAGGCUCCACUCAGCAUCCACCCAACAACCUGACCAUGCUGGGAGUCAACCAGUAUUCCAACCAGUCACUAAUGAAUGGCCAGAUUAACCACAGCCUACACUUACAGCAAACCUUCCAGUCCCACCAUGUACCCUCACAAGUUCAGUACAGCAACAUGGACUACUCGGGUAUGCAGCAGCAACAGCAGCAACAGCAACAGUACCACCAAGGCUUUGAUCAGCUGCAGUCCGUAACUCAGAACUCAGGGAAUUAUCAGUUUAAUAUUGACUAUGUGGACAACUCUUACCCUCAAGGCAUGUACCAGGACUAUUACUAUGGAGACUACCAGUACAGUGAUAAUUACUGCAGCCUGGGGGAGGGCUUCCUGGAUCCCAACCAGCUCAAUUCCAUGGCCAUGCGAUCCACCACACCCUAUGGAGAUGAGACAGUGGAAGAUCUCGGACCAGAGGAGGUGCGCUGGUUUUACAAGGUGGAGGCUGAUAAGAAGUGGACACCAUUCAUUGGCUACGACUCUCUACGCAUUGAGUGGAAGUACCGGGACUUGCUACAAGAUGUUAGAUCUGAAGAAGGAGGAAGUCCUGUGGGCAAACCCAAGUGGUCUGGAAAUCUCUCCCCGAAGGACAAGCAGGAUGGAGCACAGCAGGAUGUGGACAGGAUAGUGGUGCGUGGAGGCUUAUAUGAAGUGGAUGUGAAGCAGCGCAAGUGUGAGAGUAUAUACUGGCAAGGGGAAGUUUAUAUCAUAACGCGAGGGACUUGGUUCUAUGACACAUGGGGGCCAGUGGAAGACAAUGUGGCAGACCGCAUAGAGCUGGAACACUUAACUCACUUCAGGGGGCACUUACUGUCUUCACAGAGACUGGACGACACCACCAAAGAAGCCGUCCACAGUCUGUCAUUACCUGAAGGAGACGUAGAGUGGUUUAGUGCCUCUGAGGUGUACCUGACCUCAGAUGCCACGCCUUCCCGCCUCAUGCGUUCAGUGGGCAAGAAACUCGGCUUUCAGAGGACUGGGUACAAGCUGCACCGCGGAUACAGCAUAGAUGCAACGUCCAGCGACAAGCCACCCGAUAUUAACCACAUUGUUUUUGUCAUCCAUGGCAUUGGACAGAAGAUGGAACGGGGACGCAUCAUAAAGAACUGCACUGGGUUAAGGGAAAGUGUGAACUAUCUGAAGCAGAAGUAUUUCCCUGGCAUGAGCAAGAGCAGCAGCACCGUGGAGUUCUUCCCUGUGGAGUGGCGGUCAUCACUGGUCCUGGAUGCUGGCGUGAUAGACUCCAUCACUCCUCAGAAAAUCCUCAACAUUCGGCAGAUGCUAAAUGCUUCAUUCAUGGACAUCAUGUAUUACAACAGUCCACUCUAUAGGGAUGAGAUCAUCAGUGGGUUGACAAAUGAAAUGAAUCGCCUGUACACAAUGUUCACUCAGAGGAACCCUUACUUUGAGGCCAACCGGGGCAAGGUAUCAAUGGUGGCACACUCUCUUGGCUGUGUCAUCACCUACGACAUCGUUACUGGCUGGAAUCCGGCCAACCAGUUUGAUCAGCAGCUUGUGCAGUCUUUGAUCAAGAACCUGGAGGAGGAAAAGAAGUACAAGAGGGAUUAUUCCACAAGCCUUAGAGAAGAACUACAAGUACUUCUCAGUAAACACAAAUGCAGUCAUUCUCAACCUUCAUUAAAUUUUAAGAUAGAGAAUUUCUUCUGCUUGGGAUCUCCUCUAGCAGUCUUCUUAGGUCUAAGAACAAAACCUUCAGGUGAAACUACAGACAUUAUCCCCCAGAAGCUGUGCAAGCGUCUGCUCAAUAUCUUCCAUCCAGCCGAUCCUGUGGCUUACAGGAUUGAGCCUCUGCUCUGCCCAGAGUACAGCAAUAUCUCUCCAGUCCUCAUUCACUCAUACAAUGCAGCUGAGAAGUUGCCUUACAGUGAAAUGCCUUUGGAACCCAUUGGAAUAGCAGGCCGUGAUAAGGAAAAGGAAGGCAAAGAAGCUGGGGACAAGUCAAGAGCAGACUCUGAAUGUAACACUCCUGUCUCGUCUGUCCCCAGCACUCCAGUGAAAGGAAUAAAUAGAGGAGGAGGAGCAAGUUCAUGGAGUCUUUGGGGACUGAUGAAAGGCAGCAAGAGAUCAAGUGACAGUGGCUCCACCAUCCCUGAAGUAGCUUCAGUCCUGCAGGAAGGAAGAAGUCUCAUGGAGCGAAUGGACUUUGUGCUGAGGGAGGGAAGUAUGGAAAAUAGCUACAUCUCAGCAAUCACCUCCCACACCUCAUACUGGACAAACUACGAUGUGUCUCACUUUAUCUUGAGCGUGCUGUACCCUGACUUGCAGCCACCCACCUCUGCCAGCAAGCUGGAGAUUAUUCGCCCAUAAUUCUGGCCAGUGCCUCCCUCCACCCCUUCCUGUCUGACAAAAGGAAGAUUGAGGAAAGUAAAGGUCAUUGGAGGGAAGUGCAUACAUCAUGAGUUAUAUGUGUUCUAGCUGGAAAAUAUUAUGUCAUUCUGCUUCCUCCAUAAAUUAAGGUUUGUUUGAAUAAGCAGCAAUGACAGUCUCUCCUCCGUAUGAACUAUAUGAUGGGAGAAAACAAUUUGUUCUUUUCUUUUCUACUCUUAGAAUAAUUACAAAAUAAACUGAAUUUUUUACUGAAUACUGGCUUACCAUCAGUCAAAAGCCUUCAUGUUAAUCAAAGUCAUAAGGGGAAAAACAAGUACAGUGUUCACUGGUCCCCUUCCCCAGCCAGCCAUUCUUGUAAUGUUUUGUUGUUAAAUUGCAUUCAUAUGAUAUGAUUUAUUUUUUUCUUUUGAAGAAUUACCCUGUGACUGAACUCCUGUGAAUGACAUUUUUAAUAUUGGCUGGGUCUGAGCCCCAGCUUAUAAUGAGAAUAAGGGUUAUGGUGGUAAUGAAUUCAAUGUGAUAUUAUUGUCACCACAUGAUGGUUUCAAGUAGAAUUAUGAACAACUUGAUAUUUUCUGGCACAAUGCUUGAACAUAUUUGUCCGCUAUUAUUUUGUAUUGUCUUACUUUCUUGAGAUAUAUUAAUACAGUUGUUGAAUGUUUACAGUAAAUCAUAAAGGUAUCCACAACAUUAGGCUGAUUCCACUAAUACUCUUAGCUCUGUAGAGUUGGUAUUGUCAGCUACAUUUAAAGGAUUGUGAGUGACAUUCUUGAGCUUGAAUAGCAUGUAGUUGCAUUCAGCACUAUCAACACUAGAGAGUUUUCCAGACAAAACAAUCAGCCAAUAAUUGCAGAUCUGAGCUGCUAUAUCAAAAGUGCCUAGCUUUGGUACUCUAGGAUUUUCAUGAAGUCAGCCAAUCAGAAUUACUGGUUAUUUGUGUUUCUUUUAUGGAGUUCAUGGAGUUUUGUUAGAAGAGUUAAGCCAGUUGCCACACCAUACUGGCUUAAGAUGUCUAUGAGGAACUUGUUCCUGAAGACCUGAAGACAGUAUUUACUAUUUGAAAAAGGAUAAUUCUACAAAUGAUUUUAGGCAUAUUCAAUCAGAACACUGACAUUAUUCUUCAUUACUUGUAUUCAAGCUUGAAAUGUUUCAUUGGCAAAAGUUAGAAAAUAAUUACUGUAAGUAUGUGAACAUUAAUACUUUCAAUUCUAAAGUGAUAAUGUUGAAUUAAGUCUACUGUGUUUGUGCAUCAAUUGGCAGAUAAAUUCUAAUUGUGGGGUCUCAGUAAUUCUGGAGGUCAUAGAAUGAGAUUCAGUAGAUCAUGUGAAAAAAUAUAAGCACAAAAAUAUUAUACCUAGAUGAUUGACAGAACGGAAUCUAACAGUAUGUGUGAAGUAACAAAAACAUAUGAAAAACUAUAAGAAAUCUUGCACAAUGCAUAGUGUGCUAAAGAUUGUCUAUAGCAAAAUGUGGGAUUUUAAUUAUAGUCUAAUAAUUUUGCUUAGAAGAAGUUUUGAUAUAUUUAGAUUGCUUUUGAUUUUCAAUAUCUAGUCAUAUAGAGUAAGAAAUCAUUUGUUUUUUUUCCAGUUCUCACAUCGUAAAAUGAUUGAUAAAUUUUAUUUGAUGCACAACUUUCAGGUAAAAGCAGAUACUUGGUACAGUACUGUGUAUUUUGCUUUACCAUCAGAUAUAUUCAUAAUACUGGGUUGUUAUGCUAAAAUUAGGCAAAAAUGUAUACAUAGACACUGCCUUGUUGUAUACUUUAAAGACUCAUAACAGAACAGUUAUUGCUGUUUGAAAUAGAAAAGAAAAUGUUUUGAAGGAAGAUGUUCUUGUUAGAAUUACAACAUCAUCAAAUUGUGUUGUGGUUUUGACAGGUAUGCAUCAGAAAAUCUAUGCAUUUGCUGCUAGAUAAGACUUUUUCAGGGAAAAGUAUAAAAGUUCAUUGUGUAUCCUUUGCAUCUGUAAUGAAAUAACUUUUUUCAAGAAAAAUAUUUUGGAAGACAUGGGUACAUGUUAUGCAGUUGUCUUAUAUGGUGGCAAAUAUUGCAAUUGUUAUGCUGUUAUGGUUGUGAAAACCUUCAUUAUUUAGUGAAGGUAACAUGUGCAGUGUGAUCUGUAUGUUGCACCAUCUGUUAAUAAUGCGAGAUGGGGCUAGACAUCCAUCUGCAGUAUUAUUAUGUCUCAGGCUGAAGUUUCUUGAUGUUCUUACUGUAUUUUCUCUUACUUUGUUAUGUUUUGAAAUUUAUGGCUAUUUAUAGCAACUUUUGUCUGAUACAGUAGAUCCUGUGAAAAACCUUAGAUAUUUGUCUUUGAAGGAGUAACGGAGGGCAUACUGGUUACCUCAAGGGACUGCACUGGAACAGAUUGAGCAGGAGUACAGUCAGUUAUGAUGAGCUCUUCAUACAAAGUCUUGUCAAAUGUCAUUAGUCAUACACUUGCUUGUGUAAAAAUAAUUUGUGGCUCUGCAGAUAUUUAUUUACCUCAUCAAUUUUAUUUUUGUGAAUCAUAUCAAUAACUUUGCUCAUUAGAUCCAGAAUUGUAUCUUAACAUGUUUUGUUCUUACUAUAAGAAGUUGGUUUGAGAAUCACAAAUCAAAAAUCCUUGCUCUGUUACUAAUUCUCAUUCAUUUUAACAUCUCUUCAAUAUGAUCCAUCAACAUUUGUAGGCUUUGUUAAGAUGAUAAAAUUCAUUGCAAGAGUGUCAUUUUUCUUCAGCAGAAGGAACUGUCACUACUGUACUGCUCCUGGCUUCCAACAUCUGGAGACCAAUGCUUACCUUGUGAAUAGCCUUAGAAUUAAUGCCCACUGAUAUGUUAAUUUGAUGUUAUGGUUCUCAGCUUUUAAGAUUGUUGAUAUUCAAGCAUUGUCUUGAAACUUUUAUAUCUUGACUAGAAUUAAAAGUGUUCCAAUAUUCUAAGGUUCUACUGUAUACUGUUCUAGUCAGUGCAAAGUUUGUUGUUUUCAUGUCUGUGAUUAUUUGUUGCAUACUGUGUUAUAGUCUUACCCACACCAUUUUGUGCUCAUUUGUUGCACCCUUAGAUGAAGUGACUUAGGUAGUAAUUUUUUGCACUCCUAGAUAAAGUGACUUAUACUAGAAAUAGAGUCCAGUAGACAGUUUAAGCUUAAUUAGCAUACUGCAAUGGAGCCUCUGUGUAGACCUGAUAUGCUCAGGUCUUGGGGCUGACCUAGUCUGUGAUAUGCUCAAAGCCUCUGUCUUAGUCCUCAUUCUGUCCUCUUCUUAUAAUUCUGUCAGAAGCUGAUAUGAUUUGAUUUAUUCAUAUUGCUUUGAAAAACAAAGUUAUUUCCUAUUAUUUAGGUGUGCCUCUCCACUUGAUUUGAAAUGUUAUUGAACAGUAGAUUUGGUAUUGUAAUACAGUUCAGAUUUGCUGGUAAAAUUAAGAGCAGCAAAAUUUGCACUAUGGGCCAUGGAUAAAAAAUAUUUGAUAUCUGAAAUAAAGUCAUCUUUAUAGGGUCAUAUGGCACCUUUGUGAUGUGAUGGCUAGUGCACCAAGCCAUGAGCCACAUGUGCUGGUUUGAAUCUGGCUUGGAACAAUCUGUGUACAGUUCAUCCAGCUACAUAUCUCUUAUUUAGGUUUGUUGGUGAGUGGAUAUCAAAGGGAAGAUGAACUGCAGCAAAUAUUCAGUGAUGGAGUGAGUCACCUCUCAACACUGCUAGAGGCUACAUAGUUAUUGCUGCAUAAUCUUGGAGGAUUUAUGUAUUAUUUUAUUUUAUAGUCCAUUCUUCUUGUAUGACCUCUGUACAAAGCCACAGUGGAGGUAUCUAGCUUUGAACCACACACAUAAACUGAACAUUAUGUUAAUUACUAAAAAAUAGCACUAGUGUUUAGCUUCAUAAGUGAUCAUUGCAGGAACAGUUUUAGCUGUUUCUAUGCCAUUUAGACUGAUUACAUCAGUAUCUGAACUUGUGAUUCUGACAGUAAAUAUAAGCAGAAGACAGAGGCAAGACUAGAUUCUUGUGAUGACAAGCGAGGGGGAAGACUUAUAUAAAACUUCCUUUCACAGGAAUAUUCCAUGACUAUCUCUUAUUGUCAACAUUAAAUUUCGCUCUAAGAAACUUGGCUGUUGUUCAGCAUCAAUACAUAUUAAUUCUUACAUUAAUUUUCUAUAGAAUUUCUUUCACUUUCUUGUUUUUGUGAAAAUAGCAAUUAGUAAAUAAAAGGGACGAUUUUGGCACAAAUGUCAGUUGUAUCAUCAAACUGCAUGAUUAUUUUAAUGGAAGUGUGUGUGUGUGUGUGUGUGUGUGUGUGUGUGUGUGCGUACACAUUCAUGAAAUAAAGUUAGAUUUUCUACAUACUUUGCAGAAAUUGACAUGAUGAUGCUCUGUUCCAUUCUUCCUCCUCUGAGCCUCGGCAUGACAUGAGUAAGUUGCCUACUAAAUUAUAGAAAACUUCAUAUUUCAGUUUAAUUAUUCAAUUUUUAUUGCAUUAUUUUCUGUUUUCAUGUCAGUAGUCUAUUCCUGCUGUUUUCAUGCAUCAUUUCUUCAAGCUGUUUUAUUUUGCAUCUUUUCCAAAUAAUUUUGGUUACAAAAAAAAAAAACUUAAUCUGUGCAAAUGGAGGGUCUUAAAAGGAAGGAUUUUGAUUAACAAACAUACCUCUUUUCUUGUACAGGGAACUGGUGCUUAGUAUAAACAUCAUCAUACUCCUGAAUACAAAACCACUCUUGAAAUAGUCAGAAAAACUGCUUUAUUUUCAUAUCACUGAGUUCAAUUUCAUAUGGAGGUCAAUUUAUUCAAUUUCAAUAGAAGGUGCUAGACUUCUGUGAAAGAAGGCUCAGAAAAAUGAAAACAAAUAAAACUAGAGGCAAUGAAAAUUAUCAUUCUUCGUUAUUACCUUUAAUUACCACAGAAUUAAGGAGCCCUCAAAAAGUGAAAAGCAAUGUUCAUUAUUAUUGACAAUAUCAAUAACACACUUAAAUAACAAUUCAGUAACGUGCAUAUUGUCCAAAUCCGUAAAGGAAGGACCUUAAGCAAAAUUAAAUGUGAUGACAAUAAAUGGAAUGAUUUAACGUUACACAAAGCAGAAGCUCAUGUCAUUGUCAUUCCACAGUACUCAAGUAUUGUCCCCAGUAAUGUGUUGUCUCUGUGAUAGCUAAGCAACAGUUCUCAGUAUAAGAAUCUGAAGUGUUAAGUCUAAACUCCUCCAUCUAUCUUAGCAUGAAGAGCAUGUUGAAUAAAAUGUUAUUAGUUUAUUUAUCUCUCUUACAAAAUGUGUAAUAUUUAAUGCUGGAUUACUUAUGAUGUUAUAGCAUUUUGAUGUGCAUGGUAAUGAUAUAGUUACAGAUGACUAAUUAUAGGAUAACAGUUUCCAACUGAACCUUUCUAGCUGAUUUUCUGAGAAGUUGAGUGUAGUACUUUUGAAGAUAUAAGAUAUUCCAUUAUUGUUGCAAUAAUUUGUUUACAUGUAUUAAUAUUCAGCUUGUAGCUGGUCAAGUGUAUCUGUGAUGUGUACAAUGAAGAGUGUAUGUUAGGUGGCUGUGUCACUUUAGUGUGUGUACGACAGCAGUGCUACCUUAGUGUUAGGCACGCUGGGACAGCAGCAGCAGCAGCAGCAGCCAGGUGCAUUAGUCCAUCAGUCAGUCAAUGUCUUCCCUUUAGGUCAUUCAUUAAAGAACUCUGUAAGACUCAUAGGGAAAAUGUAACAUUCAGGUACUUUCCAUGCUGCAAGAGUAUACACUGAACUUGUCCUACAUUAUCUACAUUUCUUAUACAAAUGUAUGUAUUUUAUUCUACUUUUGCUUUGUGCCUGUUUUUUGCUGCCUCUCACCAUGCAAGUCUAGUGAGUUUCCAUUAGUCAUUUUCGUUGAGUCAGAGCAUUCCUAAUCAUGCAGAAUAGCAAAAAGAAAAAAAAAAGAUCACUUGUCGCCAUACAGUCUAUCAACUGGUGCAGGUACUAAUUUUAUUUAUUUAUUUAUUUAUUUAUUUUAUUUUAUUUUUAUUUAUUUAUUUAUUUAUUUAUUUAUUUUUGUUUUAUUUAUUUUUUUUUUUUUGCGUAUUUCAUGGUUUGUUGAGGAUUCUGCUGCUUGUGAGGCAGAAGAAUGUAUAAUGAUUACAUGAACUCAAUACAUUCCUGCUCUUUUUUUUCUUUUUGGUCACAAGCCAUUUAUUGCUAAAUCACUUAUGCAUGUGCUCCUGUUUCUUUAGAGUGACUAGAUUUCCAAAAAACAGUCUUUCCUCACUAUAUAUUUAAUAAGAACAUGACCUUAGAUCUCCAGUCAUUAGAAUCAUAGAAAGUUUCCAGACAAGUUUUUACUCUGACUCUAUAAUGGUUCCUCUCAGGUGACUAACCAAAGAAACAGAUAUCAUGUUCAUUACCUAAUUUAACUCACUUCACUGUAAUCUGGCUUGAAUCAAGAUCGUUAUGGCUAACAUUUUCCCAGAAAAAGUGACACACCAAGUAAUAUUACCAUGAACAGUCAAGUCUUAUAAACAAAACUUGAAGUCACACCUUGGAGUCGCUGGCUUGGUGUCACUGAAGCCAUACAUAUGUAUGUGCAUGCUGUAGUCUUUCAAAUCUGAAAAGCUCUACUAUUGGCAAGAAUAAGUUAAAAAAUUAUGGAAAUUAUCAUAAAAAAUAGAACCUAUGGAUGGUCAGCUCUUCAGAUCAGCUCAUGCCAUGAUAAUCUGAUAUGCAAAAUUUGUGCCUUGAUGUUAGAAUUUUUUAUUUCAAUAUUUGAUAGAUGCUGAUGCUUAAGUUUGAGGGGGGAGGAUGCUUGGCUUAGAUGAAGGUCACUACAUAAAACAUGACAUGAAGCAAGUAAAUGAAGGCUUAAUUUGGUUCUUCCUGCUUGUUUAAGGCAGAUCAGUCACAUAGUAAUACUGUUGCCCUGUCAUUGCAGUGCUCUUGCUCAUUGAUUGGCUAAAAUGUUCACCUUUUUAGAUAUGUAGUAAAUUGACUGCAGUUUUCCAAUGGUUUUAUACAAGUAAGCAGUGUUAAUAUUUCAAUGCAAAGCAACUUUUCAUCUAUUGAAACGAUAGAUGGUAGAAAAGUUAAUAAGAACAUGGAAAAGAGAAAAAAGUGAGUUAGACUAAAAGCAAAGUAAUGAGGAUAAUAUGUGUUAGGAGAAUGAAUUUGGAAUAAAAUAUUAAGUUGGUUGAGAAGAUAAUAGUAGAUAAAAUUGGAAUGAAUAGAAAGAGGAAGACAAAAUAAAUCACUUAGUGGUGGAGAUGAUGAAACACAGCAUAUAGACAAGGCUUGAUACUGUAUGUGAACAUUAUGGAAGUGCAUGAACAAGAUAGAAUGUGUAUGAUUGUAGGUGCAUGAAACAAAAUUUGCUAAAAUGAAAGGGGGAGAGGAAGGGAUUGCAGUAUAUAAAUAUGAAUAUAGAUAAGAACAGGAGAGAGUUCUGCUGUUGCCAUUACUGAAGGAAGCUCCUUGCAAUAUGCAUCAGUAAUAGUGGCUGGAGUUGUAGGACGGGAAAAUUGUAUGAUGUAUAUUAUUAUUAUUGUUUGUUGCUUUUAUGACUGAAAGUAUAUAAAUUCUAGAUUUGUAAGACUACUGCAUGUCACUUCCAUCAUUGGUUUUGAUUUUCUUAUGGUGUAUCACUCGUCAACAAAUGAAAGAAAGAAUGUAGCAAU